CAGUUCGGUUCUGAGCCUUCGCGACGAAACCCCUAAAACCGCACACACACGCACACACACACACACAGGGUUGCCCGUCGCAAGACAGCGUGUGCUUGCAUGUGUGCCUGUUUCGGCGUGUGUGUGUAUGUAUCUGCGUGUGAGUGUGUCUGUCUGUGUGUGUGCGCUCGCGCGCGUGUGUUUGUGUGAUUAUUUGCGCCACCCCUGUGUUAGACAAAGUGAAAGGCAAGGCAAGAGAUGUUAAGCACCAGAAUAAAGCCAGCAACAAACACUUCAGUGUAGUGUGUUCUCGGUGGGUCUGAUUAUUAUCCCGCAUCCGGUGCAUUCUAAGUGACAAGUGUAGCGAUAAGUUAGCAAGUGUCUCUAUCCUUCUGUGUGCGUACGUACGUGUCUUCGUGUGUUUGUGUUUAUUUUUUUUUAAGGCGCAAAGUCUUAGUUUCGGAUAGAUACGUACCUAUUGCUUGUGUGUAGUUUUGGUGGAGUUUCGCGGUACCAGUUUCGUGAAGGCGGCAAUGCCGAAAGUGCGCUAACAACGGGAACACCACAGGGGAACCUUUAAUCCGGCUCAGAAAAAAACCAACCGGUCGAGUGGUCGGCCUGAUCAGUGGACAGCGAGGCGCAUCCAUCAACGGGUUCCUAGGCCUGUGGGGUACGGAAAAUUGUACGGGUCGGCAAAAUUUUCCUCACACACUUCUUCCGCUGGACCGGAAAGCUACUGCUCGGAGCAAGCUGGCUGCUCUCGCUGAUUAUUUCGGAGACAUUUUUCUUUCCUUAACCAGUAAGAAAAGUUCGUCCAAGGGCAAGCACAAGAAGGGCCGCAAGGGCAAGAAACCGACGGCCGCACCGUCCAUCACUGCAGCCCGUCCGCCGCCCGCUUCUUCGUCCGCAUCUUCCUCACCAUCAAACGCAUCUUCAUUUGCUGCCGUCGCCACGGCACAGUCGCCUCUACCGUCGGCAACGUCCCUGCAGCAGACGAUGAGCACGGUAGCCGUCGCUGCUCAGCAGCAGCAGCAUCCCACUGACAGCCGUACGCACAGCCUAACACUCGCAGCCGACUCGCCACCGUCGGCUGGGGCAGUGUCGGUGGAAAACGGGCAAUCUGCCGGCAUGCCAUGUACACCCUGUCCGAGCUCGAACGGCAGUUCAUCCUUAUCGGCAGAGUCCUCGCCUACAGUUCCUGGGUGCGGUGGUGUAAGUGUUGGUAACAGCAGUAGUACUGGUGGCCACACCAUGGUAGACGGCCAAACAGACACAAGCGUUCCAUCGGGUGGAGGCGAUGGACAGCAGCAGCCACAGCAAGAUCAACCUCCGGGCAGCCGUCCGACAUCCGGUGGACGACAGCAAAGGAUUGCUGGUGGAAAAGGCAAGCAUUUAACCCGCAGUCACGCCAUGCGUGAGUCAACUUCCCCGCCCCGAACGCCAACGCCACGCUCACCAUCCGAUACGCACAGCAGCAAUCCCAUCAGUAGCGCCGGCAACAGUGGCAGUACGGGUGGGCUAACCAACAGCACGACCGCCGUCACCACCAGCACGGUUACCAGCAGUAGCAACAACGCCCUGAGCAAUGGUCCCCAGUGCCAGCCCGAACGAUCGACAACAUCAUCGUCCACCAUGAACGACACGGAAUCGCUGGCCAAACAUAACAGCUCCGGCCCAGGCGGUGGAGGGACUGGUGGUGGUGGAACCGGUGGCAACGGCGGUUCCCCGAACAUUGUCCACUUCUCCGGUGGUGGUGACGAUCAGCAGCGCAACGGUAAAUCUCAGCUGGAUUUAGACUUCCCGAAGCUAACACCGCCGAAGACGUCCUUCAAUCCGAACGCCGGAAGCAACGGCAACCAUCACUCCCAUUCACAGAAGAGCGGUGCGCAGAAGAGUAACGGAACUGCGACGCAUCACGGCAAAGCGAAUGGCACCGUUACCGAGACGGACAAAGCGGCACCGCUGAUGGCUACCGGCGGUAACAGCAAUGGUGCGAAGCAGACAGCAACAACACCGUCGCUGAACGUGACGAGCACGGUUUCACCGAACGCAACAACCACCGGCACCGACACACCGGACGGUGGUGGCACGACUCGUCCGAGUCCGUCCAACCAUAGUCUCGUGCCGGUGUCAUCCACAUCUGCCAAUGUAGUAGUAUCCUCCGAGGUGACCACGGUCGGAGGUGAUCCAAACACGGGUGCAGUAGGCAGCACGACGCCGUCUACGUACGCCUCACCGGUGGUAGUACAGUCAGCUGCAAACAGCAACUAUUGUGAUAGUGAAGGUCGUCAUGGUUCGUACCAGCAGCAUCAUCAGCACCAUCACCACCAGCAGCAUCAGUACGAUGCGGCAACAGCCGGUGGAGCAGCGAACGCCGACGGCCAGAUCAAUAUACAGUUUUCGCACGAAACGGAAACCCGGUACAUCCAGUGCGACAGUCCUACGGAUAGCCUUAUGAGGAGUGGUGGUGGUGGUGGUGGUGCAGGUCCAACCACGACGCCACCUAGCGGUGGCAGUAAGAAACGAAGCGGUGCUUCCGGGAAGGGCGCUAACAAGGCGACCCGGCUGAAAAAUCUUAGCGGAGGAUCCUCCUCGAGCGUGGACGGAGGAAUGGGAGGAGGAGGUGGAGGAGGAGGAGGGAUGGCGUCGUUCAUGUCGCGCGACAGCCUGUGCGAUCCGUUCACCGACCAGAGCGGCAUUAAUCUGAUCCAGUUCUUCAAGGAGACGCUCAACAAGAACUUCAAGGAUCGCAACAUGCUGAUGAAGAUCGAGAAGGAGCUGCUAUCGCUGGCGAUGGACCGCAGCCGGAGCCAGAUGAAGUUUCCGCCCAUGUCUUCCUACAACCGGAUGUUGAUACACCGGGUGGCGGCAUACUUCGGCAUGGAGCACAACGUGGACUCGUCGCAGCAGAGCGUGAUCGCGGAGGUGACACCGGCCACACGCAUUCCGGACGUACGGUUCAAGAAUCUCAUUUCGGACAGCUUCUCGGAGGAGCCGCGCAAAUCCAUCCUGAAGCGGGACACGCACAGCUUCGACGAGUACCAUCGGUUCGGUGGUAGUAGCGGUGUUGGUGGUGGUGGAGGUGGUGGCGGAGGAGGCGCGGGUGGAUCCGGUCUGCUGCACUGUCCGACCGACCGGGGCAUGCUGGACCGUAAGGCGAAAAGCUUCGAAGAGCGCGAGGAAGAGUAUGAGAAAUCGAAACGGAGGUUAUUCAAGAAUCGUGAGCAUGAUUCCGAGUCCGACCAGUGGCCGUGGAUAUCGACCGAUGGUGGUGGCGGCGUUGCUGGUGGCGCCGGUGUUGGUACGACGCUGGCUGACCUCCAUGCUGCCCGGCACCAGCAGAAACUGCAGAACAAUCGUUUGCUGAAAGUACAAUCAGUGUCAAUUGAGGGACGAUCGGACGAACGGCCGUGCGUUUCCAAAUCGCACAGCUUCGGUGGUUAUGGCGGCUCGUCACAGAACGCGUCGUUACUGCGGGGCGACUCGAUAACGUCAACCAAAAGUGCCGGUGCGCGGCUGUUCACGAAGCAGGACUCGAACGCCAGCACCAACACGCCCUGGAGGCUGUCCCCGUCGAGCAGUGGGUCGUACCUUACUUCCAGCUACAAAACACAAUCGAUCCGGUCGGAUUCGGUAACGCCAUCGCCGACAGGGUACGGUAGCGGCGAUCACACACCGGAACCGUGUGUCCCAUCGCCCUCCACGGCCACGUGCGGCGUGAUGUGGGCCGUGACGGAUAUGGCCAGCGUACCGAAGGGCAGCGUGCUGAUCGAUCCACAGACGUUCCAGCCGAUUGUUAACCAGGACGGCUCACUGUAUCACUUCGAUCCAUCCAAUCUACCACCAACGGCGGGCGGUCCCUGGUCCGGAAAUGGCAAGAUGUCGAAGCGAAAGUUUGAAAAGCAGAAAUCAUUCAACAGUAAGAACAAUCUCAACAGUAGCAGCUCGCUCGAAAGUUCCGUCGACGGUCCGGCGCUAGGCAAGACGAUGGACUGUGGGCAGCAGACUACGAUCCCCACGGUUGGAGAUGGACCGGGUGCCAUCACUACCAUCAUGACGGUGGUAUCGACGGCAGCGACAACGACACCGACCACUAUCGCCGAGGAAGUGGUCAACGAGCUUGGGUGUUAUGAUGCGGGUGUUACCACCGGUGGCCUAAAGCUGCUGAGCGUCAAAGAUAAUCCGGAUAUGGAUGAAAACUUAAGCCUCUGCGAAGAAAUCUCACAAACGACAAACGAGCUUGGUGCGCUAAAGUUACAGAAGCAUCAAGCCACCAGCCCUAUGCUGCAGGCCAGCGAAUUGCAGCCCAUCGAUAUGAAUGAGAUUCAAUACGGUACCAAUCAGAACGAUGGUGGAAAUCUGGUGCAUACUGCCAACGCGGCCGCUCUGCUCGAUAACGAUCGAUCGCUGAUCGACGAUUCGGUGGAAACGGUGGGCGAAGAGCAAGACGAUCUCGGUGAUUCGCUGGACGCGAUGGACAAGCCCGACCACAACAAUCCGGCCCUCGGUGCUGCUGUACAAUUGUUGCACGUACACGAUCCUGUCAGUAGUAGCAGCACGCUGGAUGCCGCCGACGAUGACGAGGAUCGUAGCGAAACUCCGACCGACGGUGGCCCGGAGGAGACGGACAAGAAGAACGACAUGGUGAAGGUAGCGAACGUGGUGCAAACGGUGGUGCCGCUGACGAGCUACACGAGCGCCACCGCUACCCCGAACGGUGGUAACAGUGUCGGUGGUGUUGGUGGUGGUGGUGGUGGCGGAGUGAGUGCGUACACCGUCACGUACGAUGGUGGAGGCAGUGGUCAUCCGGGUGCCACCGUAUACGCAACGGGUACCCCAGGCCUGUCAACGACGACAUAUCAGACCGCGCCGGACGGUGCCAUUUACGCCGUACCAUCCUCGCUGGUCUACACAUAUCCCACGACCAUGGAUCCGACCGAGAUGUCCGGCGGGUACUUUGUGCCCGUGUACGAUCCGCAGCAACAGCGUGAAGCGAGCCUCUGUUCGACACCAGGCGCCUCCAUCUAUUCCGCUCCGGCCGGUGCCACGUCGACCGUGCUGCAUCCGAUUGCGUACACGCAGAGUGCGGCUGCCGCAGCGGCAGCAGCUGCAGCUGCCUACACCGGAGCACCGCUGUACCAAAAUCCGGUCAUGUACUCGUCCGACCAAUUCCCAGCGGCACAGGCGGCCGCCGCCGCCGCAGCUGCUGGUCAGCUUUCACAGUACCCGAUUAGCUAUCCGAUCGGAAUAGGAUACCCGUUCAAUGGUGCCGCGUACCAGAACUACUGGAAUCAACCAAUCACUUACUACGUUCCUCAAACGCCCGUCCCAUCAACGGUGGGCGGUGUCCUAAUGCAGCCUCCUAUCGCGCAAACCCCAACCAACGGUGGAAUAAUGACGACCACGGCCACAUCUACCCCGGGCCCCGGUAACAGCACGGCCGGUGCGCCGCCACUUUCGGGCAAACGCAACACGACUCCGCCCAACAGUGGGCAUGGUCAGUCGCAGAGUGGCGCUACGCACAGUGCCUCGGUAACGCCGGUUCCGAUAUCACCGUUCACCGCCAACCUACCCGUACCACUGCCCGAUUCGUCGUCGGCGGCAGCCGGUGCCCCGAUGUACGCCGCCUUUCCGCAACCCCUCUACCCGAACAUGCUUCCAUUCGCUAGCCCGAUGGCGACCCAUCCACAUCCGGUGGCGGCCCCUGCCGGCACACUGGUACCCACUGCCGCAUCAUUCCAUCCGCAUCCGUCGGCCGGUGGUUCACAGCACCACCAUACCAGCGCCCAUCACCAUCAUCAUCAUCCCGGUAGCUCGACUGGUGGUGGUGUACACGGUGAAUCGACGUCGCUCCCAGGUGGCAACAGUCAUCAGCAUCACUCGCAGUACCAUCAUCCGCAGCAGCAGCAACCGCAUCACCAGCAGCAAGCAGGCCACUAUUCCAGCGCGAAUGGACCAUCGAACGGUGGUGGGAAUAGUAGUAGCAGCAGUAGCAGCAGCAACAGCAGUCACAGCGGUGGCAACCAUAGCAACAACUGUGCCACAAACGCACCGACCCCGCAGUCAACGCCCAGCACACCGCUUUCCCUGCCCAUGUCGAUGCCCGCACAUCACGGUGGCGUUCCCGGCGGUACAACACACAAAGGUAUGCCACUCUUUCCGACACCACCGAUCAUGUCGGCCGGUGGUGGAGGCGGAGGAUACGGCGGUCAUCACCACUACGCAUCGUCGGAGGAGCGUAAAACGGGCAAUGGAGGAGGCUACCAGGGAAGCAAACCGCGACAACCGAACCCGAACUCGGGUGGUUCGAGCGGUGGCAGCUACUUCAACUACAAUGCAUCGGCCAAUGGAGGCCGGCAGAUGACACCGAACAGUAGCGGCGGCAGUGGCAGCUAUCAACCACCGGGUGGUGGUAUGAAGGGUGGCUACGCACACAACAAUACAGGGAACAAUAACCAAAACGGCCCACUAAUCUUGGGCCCACCGCCCCCGGGCAAAGGCAACCGGCACGAGGGUUCCGCGCCGCAGAGCGUGUCCAACGCGAACAGCAACGCGUCCUCGAACAGCAAGCCACCACUGAUACCGACGCUGCCCAGUAUGGUUGUGGCGGGUGCGGCAGCACCCAACACGGGAAUAGCCGGUGAUAAGUCGCGCCUCAAUCGCUCCUCGAAACCGCCCAAUCUGGAUCUGAAGCGCAGCUACAGCACCAACAACAGUUACAGUGGGGUGGUGAACAACCGGAACACGCCCAGCACAAACUCGAACGAAAGCAAUGGUUCACCGAACAGUAUUACGUCGUCGUCGGUGCAUGAGCACGGGCACGUGCCGGCUUCCCAUCAUCCCAUGGCGCACGGGCACGCCGCGUCGUCCCAUCAUCAUGGUGGUGCUGGUGGACACGGCGGAAGCAAUCAUCCUUCCCCGCCGACGGCACAUCAUCACGGUGGCAGCGGUCAUCCGGUGGUAUCGGCUGGUGGGCAGCAAUCUUCCCAGCACGGUGGUAACCUGCACCAUCAUCAUCCGCAUGCGCAACACCAUCCGCAUCAUGGUGGCGGUAGUCAGCAGUCUAUGCCACCCGGCGUCGGUCAGCAGCACGGUGGUCCAGGUGGUGGUGGUGGUGGAACGACGCAUUAUUACCACCCGGGUGGAGGACAAUCGAUGGCUGGAGGACAGCCGCAUUCCGGCCAGUCGUCGUACUAUGCGAGCGGCGCGAAUGGUCCGUCGCAGCGGGGCGGUAGCGUAGGAAGCAAUAAUGGUGGUGGUGGUGGUGGUAGCGGAGCCGGAUCCGGAUCCGGUGCGGGAAAUGGAGGAGCACAUCCACACGCGAUGCCUGCAGCUGUAAUGCACAAUUCGGCUGUUGCGGCGGCGGCUGCCGCUGCCGCUGUUGAGCCGUACCAUCAGCAGCUGAUCCCGAUCAAUGCCGCCACCGGGAUGUCUUACGUCAAAAUUGGACAGGCGUACUAUCCGUCGUUAACAUUGCCGCAAAGCCGCCGAUCGCCUCCGAACGAAAUUCGUCCAAUUGCGGGUGUCUAUCCGACGAUGAAUAUGGUGAUGCCGGCAUCUCGACAGUUCACACCACGGCCACAGCACAGCAGCGGUUACAGUAACGCCAAGGCGACGAAAUCGCUUCGAUAAGGAAGCAUGCAAAUAAUUGCACCUUGCAGCAGCAGGAUUCCGCAGCAGUACGAACCGGUUCGUAUACAUACACAUAAGCAUUACAAAAGAGAAAAAAAUGGCCCGCAAUCCGCAGCAUGAAGGAGAACCAACAAAACUGAACGUAGUGCAAUAGUGUGUGUUGGGUAAGCAAAACUACGCAAAUCAACACUAUUUAGGGGUGAUAAUGUGAUCUGUGCUGAAGGGGUGUGGUGUGAACGGCGGUAGGUGAGAAGGAAGCAACCACACUCGCACACACACACACCCAAACGACUAACCAGAGACUCGUAGAAAGACAAGUAAUCAUUAAGAGCGGUAGCGUGACAAUGAACGUGCGAAUGUGAGACAUUUAUUUAGAACGAAACAAACACACACACACACACUACUUCCCGGACGGUAAACGAGGUACGCUUUAAGGAAUGUACCAGGAUCGUUCAGUUACUACUACGCAGCACAAAUUAUGAUUUGCUGAUCCGAACACAAUCAACUGUAGCUGUGCGGACCGACCGACCGACGGACACACUAUCUCUUUGUUUCUCUCUCACGAUAUCUAUAUAUUUGGGGCUGGCAGGACCAACAAGCAAACGGUUUUGAUCUGGUGAAUUCUUCACACAAUAGUAUCACUACCAACCUAUGUGAUAGCAACACGGCUGUCCGUAGCGACGGCACCCAGCGACAGGCGUGCGGACACAUAAUAGGAAGAAUCACCAUGUUAACUAGGCGAGUGUUAAGCGAGCAGCAGAAAAGUAAAGGAAAAGUUAAUGGCCCUGAAUGGUCUGGCGUUAUGAUGGUAGAGAGUGAUCAGGAAAGAUCUGAAAACGGGCGAACCGUCCGAUCCGGACCCGAUGGAAUGAAUGGGGAUUAAGAAUGUAUGCGGCCGUCAUGUUGAAAUGUUUUGCUAGUGGUAGUAGUAGUGGAGGCGCAAAGCAGCACUAAAGGAGCUGGAAAACCCAGCAGCCAGGUAAUCAGGACCACCCAAUUUUAAUCCCACACAAAAAAAGGAAACAUUAAACAAAACUAUAGAAUUGCAAACAGAAGAGUAUAAGCUAAAUACACACACACAAAAGCAUAGAAAAAAUAGUGAAGGAAAAAACCAAAUUUGUUUGCGCCAAAGCUGUUGUUGUGUGAUGAAAAAACAAAAAAACCAAAAUGAGUUACUGCUUCUUAGAAAUGUGUGAUCGAUAACCAAAAACAAAAAACAAAACGAGAAAAGAAAAGAAAGUAAGACGAAAGCAAAAGGCACAUAAUAAUAAUGAUAAUAUUAAAUACGAGGCGGCAUACCCGAACUCCAGUGGUGCUGUUUAAAAGUGUGUGCGCGCGUGUGUGUAGGAGAAUAUUAUAAUACAAACAAAAAAGGAAACCCCCUCCCUCAACGUACUAUGUUGCCCCGGAUUAUCAGUUGCCAUGAUGCUGAGUAGAACAAGGCAAGUAUAUAAGAUGAAUAGCAAAACGUAACGUAAAUGCAGGAGGUGGGCGCACUAUUUACUUGCCAACGAACGAACAUCAAGAGCCUGAUAGUGAGGACAACCAGGACGGGCAGGCAGAACUCAGCCAGAACAGAAAACAAUCAAUCGGAAGCGAUUCGCAACAGAAACCCAGACUAACAAACAGACUAAUCUCUGGACGCCAUGCUGGUUGCCCUCUGCGUAGGUGCGUAGCGGACAUUAGAAACAACAAUACAACCCACAUACACAUAUAUAGAACUAUCCCUUAAAACAGUUAACCGGUUUACCACACAUGAAACGUCUAGAAAUUGAGUUCUUCUGUUAACAGCAAACAGCGGAAAAGAUGAAUCAGCAUCACACAUGGGAAAGCGUUUUUUUUUUUAUUUGAUAAAUUCAGCUGUUAUAGCUUCUACUUCAAAUGGCUGUUUAAGUAAGAAAUGAUUUCGCUACAACGUUUAAACGUUACCAAUUUAGUCAACCGAUCGCUUAUUCUUCCAACUCGAUCGCCUACUACUAGAUUAUCAAUCGUUGCCAUUGUCUUCGAGUUCUGCCAUCGAACGAAGCUUUUCAUAAUUGUUAUCGAAAUAUUCGUCCCAAAAAAAAAGGAAAGGUCUCAAAAUUCAUAAGGUCAUGGUGUUUUAAGCACACUGCAUGGCAUGCCAAACUGUCAGUGGUACCAUUCGUGGCAGAGCGGCAAACGGUUCUAGUCACACGCACAGCGAUCUUACAAUCCGAUCCGUGAUAUUGUGCUGUGCAUUUUUUGUUUGUUCCGUUUGCCAUCCAUUCUUACCGUCAACUUCCCAGUAAAAUACGGUACGUGCUGCAGAAGAACGAACUGUCUAAUCGUGCAACAAACUAAUAGUAAAACAACGUUUAAUUAACAGAACAAGUAACAAACUACAGCAAAUGCGCUACUAAAUUCAAAGUUUAAAAACCACAACAAUAGUGAAACUGUGCUGGGUGGUUCGGUGUUUAUUAUCGAAUCUUUUAAAGUGAACGUGUGUUCCUUAGCAGCAAACUAAAACAGUCAUGAUCACGUAACUCAAAUCCCAAACCAAACGCUCUACCCUGAGGCAAGAUUAUUGAAGUAGAAACCCCCAAAAGCGAAAUACUAUGAACAAACCCGUUAGAGACAGCAAGCGAAACGAGAAUUGAGUGAAGUGAAGUUAAACCAGCAAAGCACACAGACACAGAAAAAAAACACUCAACACACACACACACUAACACACAGAAAUGGAACAGUUGAUUAAAUGUGUUAUUAUAUAUAUGAAAGAAUGUAUUUAUUUUAAUUUAUAUACACAGAGCGAGAGAAUGAAGGUGAAUGUGGAGACAGAAAACUGUGAAGUGAGAGUGUGAUGGAAGGGAGAGCAUGUGAGCGUGUGUGCGUGCAGAAAAGGGUUUCUGCCAACCAGAAAACCAAACAGUGAGCAAGUGUUGAUAAAAAAAAAAAAACAAAAUGGCCGAGAUAAAUUGAAAUGAGUGAAAAUGCAACUGAUAAAAUCCUGCAAAGCAAGCAAGCAGGCAAAGAAACAAAAAAAAUUCAAAACAAGAAAACAAAAGCCCAAAAAAAGAAGAUACAAACACACACACAACAACAACACAACCAAGUACUUAUAUUAAGAGAAAACAAGUGAAACUGCUGCAGUGACAAACAAACAAAAACAAACAAACGAGGACGAAACUAUUUCCAAGUGAAAACAAACAAAAAAAAAAAUGAAGCAAACCAAAAACAAGUAAAAGUAGAAAAAA